AUGACAGCGCGCGCGUUCCCGUCGCUCGAUAUGGAAUUUCCCGGCGCGUACCUUGAUCAGCUUCAUAUUAUCUCUAGCUCUCAGCCAGAUGGCGGAGAGGCCACCAUGAGCGAGGAGUGUGCCAACCCCCUGUUACUGGGAUGGAUCAAAGAGUGGUUGGAUCAAGCCCGAGAGCGGAACAGCAAGGGUAUGACAGUGUACAAGAAAGCCUACGAGUCGAUGAAAGCAUGCCCGUUGGAAUUUCAACACCCAUCUCAGGCCCAGCAGCUCAAUGGGCUGGGUCCUAAGCUGUGCGAACGUUUGACGGAUAAACUGAAGGCUUACUGUGAAGAGAAUGGGCUUCCCAUGCCCGAGCCGCCUGGGAAAGCCAGUAAGAGAACAUCCGACACGGGAGUUACUACCGAUCAACCCGCGAAAAAGCCUCGAAAAGUGAAGCCUUAUGUCCCGACUCUGCGGUCUGGUGCUUAUGCGCUUCUACUUGGAUUGACGACUAUAGGGGAAAACGCAUCACAGGGCAUGACCAAAGCUCAUUUGAUUGAGGUUGCUCAGCCGUAUUGUGAUAGUUCUUUCACGGCACCUGCCGACUCUACCAAAUUCUACACGGCAUGGAAUUCCAUGAAAACACUCAUAACGAAAGAUUUGGUCUAUGAGCACGGCCGGCCCCUCAGAAAAUAUGGGCUUUCAGAAGAUGGCUGGGAGGUUGCCAAGCGUAUUCAGAAGACCUUACCAGGGUCAGCUGAGAGCAUGGCACGUUCCACAGGCGGCGAGUCUCAAUCUCAAUCUCAAGCUCAGUCUGGCAUCACUCCUCGCACUGCAUCGACCGAGAACGAUGAAUCCGAUCUUGAAUACCUAGCACAACCAAACGCUCCAUCACUUCAACAGUCGAAUGCUGAUGGGCCUAUUGACCCCAUUCCACUCCCACCGGGGACUUUUAGCAUCCAACUUGUUCUAGAUACCCGCGAAGUGCGCACAUCGACAGAUCGCGACUAUAUCGCGAAUGAGCUCAUCAAACAAGGUAUCACUCCCCAAGUGCGCGCCCUGGAGUUGGGUGAUGCCAUGUGGGUGGCGAAGUGCCACGAUCCCGCCUUUCUCCCACGACACGGCGAAGAAGGCGAUGAAGUGAUGUUGGACUGGAUCAUUGAAAGAAAACGCCUGGAUGAUCUUAUUGGGUCUAUUAAAGACGGACGAUUUCGUGAACAGAAAUUUCGUCUCCGUCGUUCCGGCAUUAAGAAUGUCAUCUACCUAAUUGAGGAAUUCUCUAUCACUCACCCUGAAGCCGGAGGCACACAGAAGUAUCAGGAGAUGGUUGCCUCGGCCAUGGCCUCAACUCAGGUAGUCAACGGGUACUUUGUGAAAAAAACCAAAGGACUAGAUGACUCGAUCCGUUACUUGGCCCGUAUGACACUGCUCCUCCGAAAAAUGUACGGGGCUACGGACUCUCCUGGUCAAGAAUAUAGCAGCGAUGAUUCCGGAGCUUCUUCCUCGCAUUCGAAGAUUUCCAUUAUUCCUAGCCGCCAAAUAUCCUCCACACAAUCCUACGUGGUGCUGAUGGACAAAUUUCGUGCACAAAAUUCGACCCUUACAUAUGGCGUGUCAUUUUCGACCUUUUCGGCAUUGACUUCUAAAUCAGAUGUUCUUUCUCUCCGAGAUAUCUUUUUGAAAAUGCUCAUGUGCACCCGCGGAGUGACAGGUGACAAAGCCCUUGAGAUCCAGCGGCAUUGGCAAACCCCACGGGGACUGGUUGAAGCCUAUAUGGCUCUGGAGCCCAAAGAUCGUGAGGCAAUGGUGUCCGACAGACUAAAAUCUUUGGUGGGAAGGAAGAAGAUUGUGAAAGCCCCAUCGAAGGAUCCUGCCUUGACGUCCUACGCCCAGUUAUCGGCUCUCAGACUGGGUACCGACCGCGCCCUAAUUUCCUUGUUCGAUCGCACCCACCAAUACAUCCUGGCAGAGGCUACUCCGACAUUAAGUCUCACGGGUGGCCAUGUUACAACCGAUGCCGAGCGAAUACAAUUAGGGUGUUGCGUAUUUCCAAAGGAGCGUGGCCUUUGCCAUGUUGUCGAGACAUCACAUCCGUCAGAAGGCUGGGACCAUGAGAAUCCAGUGACUGACGAUUACAGCGUGACGGCUUUGGAUGUCAAUGAAGAUGAUCGCUUCAAGUCAUUCCAACUGCUCGCCCCACUGUCGGAUGUACACUUCUACGCGGCAGUGCCCAUCUUCAGUCCACGGAACUUCAGAAUUGGGUCAUUGUGCGUGAUGGACAGCAAACCGAGGACAUCUCCUCCCGAUAGCCAUUCCUUCCAGUUCCUCAAGGAUAUGGCUGCAAUCGUGAUGGAUCACUUGGAAAUGAAGGAAACCAAAGGUCGACACCGCCGCGCGGAAAAGAUGAUCGUUGGUCUCGGAAGUUUUGUGGAAGGACGAUCAACUCUUCGAGAUUCAUGGCGAGAAGCUCAGGCCCAACACGAGAAAUCGGAGAAAUCAGGCCAGCCCUCCGAGGGUCAGCUGAGUAUGGAGCAACAAGACAUGCAGCAAAGCGCAAAAGAAAAGGAGGAAUCGAGACAGCAAGGCCUUGUCAUCCGGGGCCCGAAAAAAGUCCGCGAUAUCAAAAGCGCCGACAAUCUUAGGAACAUGGAUGACACAGAAGAUCCUCCAAAUGGCUCCACACAGUCACUCAAACCAACCAGCUCUACCGAUGUGGCGUCGGAAAAUCGAGAAAGAGAGCACACCAAGGAACCUGGAGUCGAGUUCUCUCAAAAGGGCCAAUCUGUACGCAGCGUGCGUGCAGGGGACAGUCUAAAGGAUAAGACUCUCCCGAACAGUAUUCGAAAUAUUUUCUCGCGCGCUGCCAAUCUUAUCCGGGAGUCUAUCGGAGCAGAGGGAGUGAUGUUUCUGGAUGCAAAUAGCGAGCGAUUUGGAAAUCUUGUCGACCAAAACACUCGCCGGGUCCCCGGUCCUCAUUUGAGGCACUCUACAUCCAGCUCAGAUGAAAGCUCAGAUUCUGCGUCAUCGGCAAAACGAUUCGAUGCGGGCAAACAUUCGGACUCUGACGAGCACCCGGAGUUUUCUGAAUGCUUGGGCUUUUCAAGCUCAGGUGUGUCUAGUAUCAAUGACGAGGACCGAGCUGGUCAAGCCAUUGUGGUUCCUGAGCCAUUGUUUACCUCGUUGAUCCGACGGUAUCCUCGUGGGAAAAUAUUCACCUAUAACGCCAAUGGAGCCCUAUCGGAUAGUGAUGAACCAACUUAUUCUAUUUCUGGAUCGGAACCCGGUGGUAUCUCCCGUCCUUCUACACCCGGUUCAUCCGGUAACCGGAGGCGCAGGCCGGCUUUCCAGCGAGAUGCCGACGAUCUGAUCAAUAUAUUCAAAGGGGCUAGAAACAUUCUCCUUCUUCCGAUCUGGGACUCAGACAGAAAGCGAUGGUUUGCUGGAACAUUGGCCUGGACAAAAGAGCCAGACAGGAUUUUCACAUUUGAGAAUGAGCUGGUAUAUAUCUCCGCAUUCACAAAUAGUGUCAUGGCUGAAAUUCGCCGAGUCGACGUGGAGGUGGCUGAGAAAGCCAAGACCAACCUCGUCAGCAGCAUUACUCACGAGCUCCGAAAUCCAUUGCAUGGAAUUUUGGGAACGGCAGAUAUUCUAAGCGAUACUGCCAUGAAUGCGCUGCAGCAUGGAAUGGUUCACACAAUCGAAUCUUGCGGUCGCACUUUACUGGAUACGAUCAACAAUCUGUUGGAUCUUACCUUCAUAGAUCAGGAGAUGUCCUCAUAUACUCGAGUAUCACUAGACUCUGUCUUGGAAGAAGUUGCUGAGUGUGUGUUUGCCGGAUAUUGCUUUUACAAUCAUCCCCAAGCGCCCCCUCCGGCUCUAACAGAGUCUUCGUCUCGUUCUGCCGGCCAGCCUAACAAGGCUGAUCCUGUCGGUCCUCGAGCGACCCAAGUGACUGUGAUUUUCGACAUUGAGCCGGACACAGAAUGGGAAUUCUAUACACAUGCUGGUGCCUGGAGACGUAUUCUCAUGAACAUAUUUGGAAAUGCACUAAAAUACACGUCCUCGGGUUACAUCUAUCUCGGGCUUCGAUCAAGCCAAAAGGACAAGCCCUCUAGCAAAUCUGGCAAGCACAGUGAUGAAUUCGAAAUCAUCCUAACUGUCAAGGAUACUGGAAAGGGUAUUGGAGCAGAAUAUCUACAAAAUGGUGUUUUCAGCCCUUUCUCGCAGGAAGAUCCACUUGCAUCUGGUAGUGGACUGGGGUUGAGCAUCGUCCACCAGGCCGUCGGAUACCUCAAUGGCUCGAUAGAAAUUGAAUCUACGAAGGGUGUUGGUACCAAUUUGUCGAUCCACGCACCCCUUAUGAGGCCUCCACCCAAUUCGGAUGUUGGAUCGUCAUCCGCGUUGUUUGAUUCAUUGAGAAGGCACACAGAGGAGAUGACAAUUGGGUUCCUAGGGUUUGGACAAAAUCUCACUUCUCAAAGAGAUACAUCUUUGUAUGCUUCGUUGAACCGAAUGUGUCACGAGUGGUUUGGUAUGCAAGUGACCAAAGUCUCGCCAUUAGAAGGCAAGCACAAACCAUUCGACUUCUAUUUGGCUGUGCAGACAGAACUGGAUUGCGAGGAUGUUGGGGGACGAAAUCUGUUUGCCCUUCCUCAGCAUCUUCGUAAAGAAGGUGACUGGACGUCGCCUGUUGUCGUUGUCAUCUGUCAGUCUCCCGAAGAAGCCCAUAGCAUGUUUGUGGCGGCUAAGAAUCGGGGCGACACUACUUUCUUCGAGUUCGUCAGCCAACCCUGUGGGCCUCGAAAACUGGCUCGUGCACUGGACAUGUGUAUCAAGCGACAAAAUGACAAGCAGUCUGGGCGCCGGGCCAGUGACGAGCCCACUCGCUGGGUAGAAAUGCCCGAGUCCUCUCAUCUGCCAGUGGAUCUUGGGCCUAGCGAUCCCCCGGAUGACAGAAUGAAGAUCAGCAAGCGACCAACAGCGGAAACCAUAGGCAAAGAUCGGGAAAUAGCUCCAACAUCCCGAAGCCCAUCUUUAAAAGACUACACAAGGAAACUCGCAGAAGCAAAUGAAGAGAGCCCCAUCCAAUCCACAGCCCAGGAUAAUGGAGGCUCUCACAAGCCCGCCGUCUUGCUUGUCGAUGAUAAUGAUCUCAAUCUUCAACUACUCUGUGCCUACGCGCAAAAGGACGGGUAUUCAUAUGAGACAGCCAGCAAUGGCGCUGAGGCAGUUGAUGUUUACAAAUCUCAUCCUGGCAAGUUCCAGGCAAUUAUAAUCGAUAUAUCAAUGCCCAUCAUGGAUGGCUUCGAGGCAUCACGGCAAAUACGCCGGGCCGAAAAAGAGUAUCGCCUUCAAAUCUCCGAAUCGGAAAACGAAGCACUCCCGCGCACUAUCAUUGCUGCUCUAACUGGGCUUGAUAGCGCUGAAGCCCAGAAAGAGGCGUUGGGUUCCGGCAUCGACACUUUCCUUAUCAAACCGAUUAAGCGAGCUCAAGUGCAAGCUAUUUUGCGCCGACAAGUGUAA